AGCAGGGCACACUGCUCGCGUGUUUAAGCGUCUGAAGAAGGACUUUCCCCCUCUGUCAGCGGCCCCCAGCCACAGCCCGCUGCUUGCCCCGCAGCAUCGCUGCCGAGGAGGGGAGGGAGCAGGAGAGACCCCCCCCUGCACCUCUUCCAGCGCUCCCCGGGCUCACACAGGGAUCAGAGGCAGCCGGAGCUGCUGCACCAUGGCUUGGGGCGAGCUCAGCCUCCUCCGGUGGCUCCGGGAGAGCCGGCAGUCCAGGAAACUCAUCCUGCUCAUCGUGUUCAUCGCCCUGCUGCUGGACAACAUGCUGCUUACGGUAGUCGUGCCAAUAAUUCCCAGUUACCUUUACAGCAUCAAACAUGAGAAAAAUGCCUCAGAAAUCCAGACUACUAAACCUAGUGUAGUCUCAACAACGACGGACAAUUUUCAGAGCAUCUUCUCCUACUAUGACAACUCAACGAUGGUCAUUGGAAAUGAAUCUGAUAAGACACAACCCAGAGAGCUGCAUCCUACUCAGACAGAACAAAUGAUAGUAAAUGUGACUCCUUCCCCAUCUGAUUGCCCGAAGGAAGAUAAGGACCUGCUGAAUGAAAAUGUGCAAGUUGGUCUCUUGUUUGCUUCAAAAGCAACAGUGCAGCUAAUCACUAAUCCCUUUAUAGGGCCGCUGACGAACAGAAUAGGCUACCAGAUCCCCCUGUUUGCUGGCUUCUGCAUCAUGUUUGUGUCAACAAUCAUGUUUGCCUUCUCUGGAAGCUACACAUUACUGUUUAUUGCCAGGUCCCUUCAAGGAGUGGGUUCCUCUUGUUCUUCAGUAGCAGGGAUGGGAAUGCUUGCCAGUGUAUAUACAGAUGAUGAAGAGAGAGGCAAUGCGAUGGGAAUUGCACUAGGAGGCCUUGCUAUGGGAGUCUUAGUGGGUCCACCUUUUGGGAGUGUCAUGUACGAGUUUGUGGGGAAGAGUUCUCCUUUCCUGGUGCUGGCAGCACUAGCUCUGUUAGAUGGAGCUGUUCAAUUAUUUGUUCUGCAGCCAUCCAGAGCACAAGCAGAAAGUCAGAAAGGGACGCCGUUACUGACACUUUUGAAGGACCCGUAUAUCAUUAUUGCAGCAGGAUCAAUCUGCUUUGCAAACAUGGCUAUUGCUAUGCUGGAACCAGCUUUACCCAUCUGGAUGAUGGAGACCAUGUGUUCAAAGAAAUGGCAGCUUGGUGUUGCUUUUCUUCCAGCUAGUAUCUCUUAUCUUAUUGGGACUAAUCUUUUUGGGAUACUCGCACACAAAAUGGGAAGGUGGCUUUGUGCUUUACUUGGGAUGCUAAUCGUGGGAAUCAGUAUUUUAUGUGUACCAUUUGCUAAAAACAUUUAUGGGCUCAUAGCACCAAACUUUGGAGUUGGAUUUGCCAUUGGAAUGGUGGAUUCUUCCAUGAUGCCAAUUAUGGGUUACCUUGUAGAUCUGCGUCACGUAUCAGUCUAUGGCAGCGUGUAUGCAAUAGCUGAUGUUGCCUUCUGCAUGGGCUUUGCCAUAGGUCCCUCUGCUGGCGGUGCCAUUGCAAAGGCCAUCGGAUUUCCAUGGCUCAUGACGAUUAUAGGGAUUGUGGAUAUCCUCUUCGCUCCCCUGUGUUUUUUCCUUCGAAGCCCACCUGCCAAAGAGGAGAAAAUGGCCAUACUAAUGGAUCACAACUGUCCUGUGAAAACAAAAAUGUACACACAGAACAACAUCCAGUCCUACCCCAUAGGUGAUGAAGAAGAAGAAUAUGAAAGUGAUGAAUAACAUGAAAAGCCAUAUAACAUAUUUUGGUGUACAAAAUGCAGUGUUUCAUGUGAAACAUCUCAUCCAGAAAUAGGUUUUAUUUGUACUGUCCAUUUAAUAAUGAAAUGGUCAAAAAAACCAAAGGUGUAUUAUUCAUCGCCCAUGGUUGUAAAGCAGACUGCUAACUGCCUUAUGGGGGGGGAACAUGCUUUUUAUAGAGGAUUUGUAUAGUGUUAAUCUUUAUUUUAUUUAAUUUUAUUGAAUAGUAUAUUAUAUUUUUAUUAAUUGUGUAGUAUAGAUCUGUAUAAAUGUGAAUUUUAGCUGGUUUUUAAAGUCAACUCAUGUCAACAUUUCAUAUUUUAUUUGGAGUCAUAAGCUACUGUUGGGAGCUCCGGUCUUUCUUAUUGACUGGAAAGGCAGGAAAAAAAAAGCAAAGCUCAAAGAAAACCCAUCCUUUGUACCCUUUUAAAUCAUACCCUUGUAAUUACAGUGAGGGGUGAAGGCUGGUAUCCAGAGUGUGGACAUCGUGAUUGCUUUUUUCAUCAAUUUUAGGU